UGCGCUGCCGCGGACUCGGGCGAUUUGGGCGGGGAGCGCUGAGCUAGGCGUCUGAUCGUCGUAUCAGCAGCUGUCAUUUCGGCAAACUGGUAGCGCAUUUGCGCAGCGUAUUUGAACCGGGCGUCUCACUUAACCUGCGCAAUGGAGGAUGAGCGGCAAGCCGGUGACGGGGAAGAAAACCCCACGUCCCCCAAGCCAACGAAGUGGACUCCUAACCAGCAUCAUUUGAAAGUCCUUCUCGGGAUGGGAAUUAACCGUAACGCUGCCAUAAAGGCACUCUACUACACCGGAAACCAAGGACCCGACUUUGCUGCUGCGUGGAUUUUCGAAAACAAUGACGAGGACAUUGACGCUCCCCUUGAUCUCGACCCCUUAGACGAAAGUGACACAGAGGACGACGACGCUCCCGAAACGUACAAAAUGGUCUUUGCGGUCAACAGUGAGCUCGAGAUGGGCACAGGAAAAAUUGCCGCCCAGGUGGCACACGCCGUCCUCGGCUUGUACAGGCUGCUCCUGCAAGACGAGAGGAAGUAUGGCAACAUGCUCCUGCUGUGGGAGGAAUACGGGGAGACAAAGAUAGCCCUGCGGGCGCUUUCAACCCAGCAUCUGUUGUCAUUGGAGAAAAAGGCGUCAGAGCUUGGCCUGCCCACGUACCUGGUUCAGGAUGCUGGAAGGACACAGGUUCCUGAGGGAUCGACAACGGUUCUAGGGAUAAUGGGGCGGAUGGACCUCGUCGAUCAGGUCACCGGAGGCCUGCGGUUACUGUGAAAGGCACCACCAUUGCAACUCCGAAGGCAUUCACAAAACACAAAUGCAGCAGCAGCCGCCUUGUGAUAAGCGAGUGUUCCCAUUCCAGCCUGCCAAUCCCCGCCAUUGAAGCCAAAGAAGACACUGCUCCUUGCCCUCUGUAUUUAUACGCAAGUUUCCUAAGGACACUCCAUGGCUGGCAGGAGCAGUCCUUUGAUACGCUUCGAACUUGACAGCGAUCUGUGUUUGUGCAUUAAGCCUUGAAUUAGGAAUUAAGCAGCUUGGUGUGGCACCUACCAUAUAUUUAUUUUCAAUACCAGAGCCUGGCUUCACACUUCGAAGUCUGCCAUGCCAACAGUGUCACCUUUACAACCUUCCCAUUCGUCUCCACUCUGUGUGGUCAACGUUGGGAGACAUACAAAUUUGAACCAUUGACUGUCUCAAACUUUUGUUGUCUGUAUGUGCCAGGACUCCAAAAGGAAACCUGGAAGUUUACUUUCGCAUCAUUUUAACCAGCCAGACAUUUGCUGAAUUUUCACCGUUGAACACUGAGGUGGUAUUGUUGAGCAAUCACUUUCAAAAGUCACCUUUGAAAGUUCAUGCGUAACGCACCAACUUGGCACCGGAUGCGUCUUACUCUCUAAAAACGGUUGCACAAUUUGGGGAGUAUUCCUAUGGCACAACAUUAAUCUUAAUCUAUCUUGCCGGAAAUGCCGAUGGCCAUGUACAGGGCAAAUUUGGCGCCAAGUAUUGCAAUAGUAUCUCGCAGAAGUGAUGCAAUUCUUGAAAGCAGUCUGUCGGCAACGCUGCCCUCGCUUAUUACCCUUUCAGUAAAUACAGAAAAUAUUGCAGUAUGGGGCCCAUUGUUUGGCCAAUGACACUGAGGACAUUAGAUCUGGAAAUGCUCGCAUUUGGUGCAGCAUUAGAAUGGUGCCUGUCCCUUUUUUUUUUAUUUCAGUCAUUUUCAUUUUGCAUUGUGAUGCGAGUUACCACGAAGUUAUAUUACGAACUAUUUGUUGCAUUGUUGCACCCCAAGCGCUUUGAGAAAACUCCUGCUUGGAAACCUUGUGUCAGUAAGCAGUGACGUCGAGCGAAGUAUGUUGUCGACGGAAGAAAUGUCAAAUGGUUGUCUAAGAUAUGCACAAUAACUUUGUGAUAAAGUAUUUUGCAUAGAAUUUAAAAGUCAAUAGCAAAGUUAAACAGAAUUUUGCUUGUGUAGUUUGAAAGCACACAGACCACAGUAUCUUCGCGUUCUGUCACUUGUUGUUUGACGGGCAUAGAUGCUCCAGUCAUUCGUAUUCUUAUUAGCAGUUGGGUGCUAGUUAAAUGAGUCGAGGUUUAAUAAAGAAAUUAUACCUGGAAAACAUCCGUAUUUUUUUACAAAUGCAUUUUUAUGCAUAUCGCUAGAGAAAAACAAUUGGUGGUGGUAGUUGUCAAAGCACUUGUUUUUGUUUGUCUCAUAGGCACACAGUGGUGCGAUCCACUAGCACACAGCUACCAACCUUCCUGAAUUCUGCAUGAAAGGUUAUGAAUUUGGGCACUUUUUACGAUAUUACAUAUGUUGCCCCAUGUUUUACAAAAAAUUCUUUUUUUCAGAAAAGUUCCGUGUUGGUCUCUCACUGUAUGUACCUUUUAACGCUUUUUUGUUAAAAGGACAUCAGAGGGCUACUUCCUUCAAGCUAGUUUAUUCUGACAAGUUUCCGAUAUCAGCAAAGUCGGUUGCACUCAAGUCGCUGAAAGGCUACUGAAGAUUGAAAACAAUGAUUUGCUUCUCAGUUCUUUGCCGUUCCGUGUUUGUUACUGUUUGGACACUGCUUCUAAAUUUAAAUUAUUUUUAAUAAAGUGUGUGUCUCAGAAGAGAUGUGCGACUCAGGGCAAACUUCAAAGAAUAAGUGUGUGCUAUAUUACCCCCUUCCCCAGUGGCGUCAUUGUCCCAAGAUUUUUAAUAAAUGAAAGUUCACAGUUUGGAACUUGUGUUAGUAUAAUAUCUGACUUCAGUUCUAAGCUCCGCGGUGCUUUUGGCCGUGUGCGAUACAAAAUGACGUCAAAUGUGGAGACUUCCACGUACUAUGCAUUUCUACGUUGGGUGUCUCAGAUCUAUAAUGAUAGGGGAUUCAGAAUACAAUAGUUUCGCAGUUGUGGUGGACUUCAACGUUUGCAAGUGAGAACUGCCUGUUCAGUUAUUAAAUCAUUUCAUUUUGCUCGUUACCCUUUCUCUAAUAUCCAUUGUGGACAUGUGUCGUCAGGAUUGCAAAACAUUUGGCUAGUACUUGAUGGAAACUUUUAGCCCAGCAUCAACUUCAUUAAAUGCAGAAUCUGUUAGGAAAUGCGUUAGGGGAACAGCAAUGUAUUUUGUGACAGGUUUUGAGCACUUGUUUCUAGAAACCAUUGCAAGAAACAGUUUAAAAUUAUGCUCUGAAUGCUGGCUAACUUUAUUUGCUGCCAUUACAUGCUAGAAAACAUGUUCCUGUUGUCACUAAAUUAACAAGCUUUAAAUGAAACUUAGGUCACUGAUUAUACAGGCAUGAAAAUUCUCAUCUGGCAUUGCUAAAGAUAUUUUUUUAGUAGUAAUGUGUCAAAUCCCUUAGUUUUAAUAACCUGAGACGUCAACUGCCUGAAUGCUCUUUCAAAAAGCAGUACACACUGCACAAUGCAACCUCGUAUCUUACAGAAUCGAGUCGGAGAAAAACUUUGUUUACGGUGGUUUUUCUAAACGGUAUCAUCUAGUCUGUUGAGCUAUGUGAUGUGGUCACACUGAAAAGGACACCGGCAAAAGUUUGACAUCCAUGUGCAUGAAUGCGCAAUACAUGUGAUGGCUUGUUACAAAAUUUACUAUGCUUUACAGUUAAUUGUCGGUGCAAACUUGUCGUUGACUAGCUCCGGAGCAGUUUCCUGGCGACUCACGUUUGUGCAGCUCUAUAUAUUGUGCUGUCACCAACACCCUAUUGUGCGAGUGUUUGUCGCCCGCCAUCGCACGCCAUGUUCUUUGCAUGUACACCUCUUUUUUUAAUCAUGCUGGCAACCCCAUUGACUUGGUGCUGAAAUAACACACUGCACUGUUUACACUCCGCAUGAUUGUAGAUGAUGUGCUGAAAGACGUUCACCUCGUUCUGGCCAUUGUCUUAACAAUAUAUUGAUGGUCAGGAAACACUCAGAUCUUCUUUUAACAUAUAAAUUUCUCCCAGAAUGGUAGUCCUGACAGUCUACAUUAUUGUGACACCAAUCAGAAUUUGCUGGUGUUCUGUAGUAAGGUAUGGCAUGAACAAGUUGCCUAUGAAAAAAUUUAGUUCUGCGCAUAUUACUCUUGGCUGAACUUGUGUGUCAUAGCUGUGGGAAUUUAUUGAAAGGAGCAUGUCCAUCUGUCCCGACACUAUGACACACGUCACGUGUCUCGCAAGUGAGGCUUGCACAUAGGAAUAAAUACAAUUAUGCAGUAAUUUAUCUGGGUGCCCUCCAAAACAGUAAAUUCCCUGUCAGUAUUCCUUUGAACAAAUGGAACACGUUAACAACUAUUAUAGUAGUCUUGACGAGUGUACAGGCAUGGACUGCCACAAAUCAUCUACAUUUUAAUGAUAUUGACCCUCCUCGGCUAGCUUUGCCUAAAAGCUCUCUUGAAAAAAUAAUGAAGAAAAGUAAUAGCUUUUCCCACUUACAACUGUGCAUAAAAUUUUUUUCUUUCUUGGGCUGGGUCUUUGUUGUUGUAAUUGUGCGAGCUAUGAGCCAGCAUAAGGGUCUAGCUGAACUGGCAAUGAUGGGUGCUUUCUGUGAGGAACCAUGGCAAACAAGACGGGUAUUUAGUACUGCUGAAGUGUGUACGUGAAACUGUAGGUGUUCUCCAAGCCGAGGACUGGUGUGAUAUAUGUUGUAGAACUGCUUUAUGCUCCAGGUGCACUUAUAAAAACUCUAUUUUGCAUCAGUAAGAAAAAAAUAUAAAUCUCCUGUAGAUUGGACAUUUUAAUAAAGCUGUUUCUUCGAGGUCGUGGUAGACAAGCAUAUGUGGCGAGGGUUGCUAAUUACUUACGGCGUAUUUACACUUGGCUCUAUUGGCUGAGGUUAACAAAGGGCAACAUUUUGGAGUAUGUGCGAAAAGGCAAUGUUUGUGGCUUACUAGCACUUCUACAAGAAAGAAAACAUUAGCACAGAUAAGCAUCAUCUUAAUUAAGAUUUUUUCAAUCUUCAACAAAAUUAUCUUUGUUUCGUCACACAUUUAUAUUGGUUCGCAGAAAGUAUGCACUGAGCACCACAAGGAGUGCAUAGUUUCUUUAACUACUGAUAUGUUCCAGCAAUGAGUAUAUCUGAAGGUUCGUUCUUGUAGGGGCUGACUGAGUGGCCAUUUAUUUCAACGCGUUGUUUUUAGUAUACUACGCUCUGAUACGCUCAAAUGAAGAUAUCUGCGCUAGGUGAAUUUUGCCACCAAGUUUUGGGCGUCAAAGUUCCUCGUCAAAGCACAGUUGUGUAUUGUGUUGUAUCGGCCAUCGUAGCCCAACGAAGUUUGGAAGCAUGGCACAUUGCAAAUAGAUUAUGCACUGUGAACAAACUACUUGUUCUAGUUUUAUAUGGGAAAUUGUCUGUCGGGUAUUGCGUAUUUUUAGCGUGUUGCAUGUGAUUAAGAAGUUAAUUUAGUUUGCAUAGAUGCAAGAGCAUUGUAUAAUAUAGAUGCAUAUGCCUCCUUGUUAUUCUGGGAAAUGGGGCCACGAAGCUGUAUUCUUGUUGACUUUUCUGUCACUGUUUGGCUUGUUCUUGCAUGAAAGGGCUUCUGCUGGGAACAUUGUUUCCAUAACUGUUAAAUAUUUUUGUGACGUCAGAAGCUCUUUUACAGCUCUCAUGAAAGGCGUAGUACAUAGUACUAGUCGUGCAUAAUCAAAUGCAUUCUAUUUCUGCAUCUGUAUUCUACAGAAUCCUUGCACAGCAAUCAACAGUGAAAGCACUCUCGUAAAUAAUGCAAAUAAUUAUGUGACUUACUGUCUCACAGCUAUAAUUUUUUUUAUUCCUGUGCACAUUGGUUAUCUGCCUCCUGACAGUAAUCUUAUCUUGCAGUGCUGACGUGUUAGCGUACACUGCACUCCCAUCGCAUAUCACACUUAGUACUGUUCGGAAGCUUGGUGUCUGUACUUGCAGCUUCGGUAGUUGUGGUGUCCCGCUAUAUUCUUCUGUAUUUUGAUUGUUCUUGUGAAAACGAGUGACGACUGUCUGGUGACAUUUUUUUUUACAUACUUAAUUUGUAACGUGACUCACUUGCAUAAUUGUGUGUUUGUCAGGUCUGUAACGUAUCUGUUGUCUUCACUUUGGGAGAAAAAAAGUCAGUACAUUUUGUCUUGAUAUCCCACGAAAGCGCUUGCAAAUUUUCAAGUUUCCUUAACAAAUGGUAUCAGAGUUACCCUGGAAAGCAGCUGAUCAUGGGAGCCCUUUGCAGCAAAGAAGGAAUGAAAAUAGCUGGAUUUAUUUAUUUUUUCUUGGCUUGGCUGAGCUACAUCUGUAAAGAAAACGGGGCGCGAAUAAAACGGCGCCCAAGAAAAGAUUGACACAGGACGACCAACACCAACUCGCCCAACUUUUUAUUAUACUGCACAUCUGUAAAUUUAAGAACAAUCAUGAAUUGUUUGCUGUAUAGCUCAUGUGACCUAUGUGUGGGUAUCUCUAAGUUGUAAUAAUCUGGCCCUUAUACAGCAUGGAGGUUGGCUUUUAUUUUCAGGGAUUUCGCAUCCCAGAAACUUCUAUUACACACUUAUAUGCCCACUAUCACAGUAUAGCUUGCCUGCUAUAUAAAAGCAAUUGAAAUUUUACUUUGUUUUUUUACUUUGAAACAUUAUCGAUAUGAAUUUCAUGCUGCUUGGCUUGGGCGAUCCGUGUUGCUGUGGCAUCACUCAUCUUUUAGGCAGCAAAGAGAUUAACUUUUAUUUUCGGGGUUUUCCUGUUCAAGAAGCUUCCAGGUACAUACCCUUCACAUGCCCACUAUUAUGGUACAGCUUGCCACUUUGUUCUACAAAAAGCCACAGUCAAUUUGAAACAUUAUAUUGACAUCAGACUUCAUUUUUUAUCACGAUUUUGUUUGGCAGUAUCUCCUAUGAAGCGAAAUAAGCAAAAGGCCACUUUCACAUGACAUCCUUAUUUUUACACAGGAAGAGAAACUGCACAUAUCGCUUCCCUGUCUAUGACUCCUGCACAGCAAUACGCUAUUGGUACUGCAUAGUCAGCUUAUGUAUCUCAUUGACGGAAGACGUGUUAGGUUGGUUAUCCAUUUGUUAGAACAAUUUCUUCUUAUUGGAACAUGCACUUCAGCUCGCACAUACUGUGCUCGUGCGUCCCUGUCUUAAGUGGUUCAUCCACUCUUUACUCCUUUCAUAGUUGUAGUGCUUGCUUCAUACUGUAGUAAUUCACACUUGUGAAUGACAGUCAGUUUGACUCUUCCUGAUCACAUAAAGCACACAUUGUGCUGUUCCUUGAAGGCGUGAUCCGUGGAGUAGUACGUCUCCAUAUGUUGUGACACUUUUGCUACGCGACAUUCAUCUAGGAGUGGCAGUGAUGGGUACUCCUACUUCCAUGUCACUCAACGUGUACAUGUGGUUACGUUAGACAAACCCAGUCUUCAUUUAUUUUUUCAGAAACACAAAAUGACCUUUAGUUUUGCCUCGACCACACAUUAUCCUGCAUUGUAGCUUAUCACGGUGGUAGGGUGUUUGCGGGGCAGGGAGAGGGGUGUCUGCGGGGCAGGGAGAGGGGUAUCUGCAGAAAUGUUUUGGCUAAGGUGGUCUGCGUUUUAAGUGACUAGCUCUUGCCUCUGCCAUGUCCCUAGCUUCACAGACGGUACAAUGGAAUGUCAUUGAUACGAUUAAACGUAAUAAAUUUUUCCGGAGAAUACUCUUUUUUUUCUUUAAUUUCCAAGCCAUUGUCUCAUAGGAGCAUGUGUCUUCUUGCAGCUAAUAUUUCCGUUGCCUUUCUCUCUCUGUCUCUCUUGCAGCUGAUAUGCUUGCGUUUUCACCGGAAAUUAGAUAAUACGACUGCAGAAGUUGCUUUAGAAUUCAUUACGAAUGCUCAGUUGAGUUUGAGUGAGGAAAUGUUGGCUGCUUUUUUUUAAAGGAGCUUCGCAACACUUUUCCAAGUAACCAUAGAAUGGCGUCAUUAAAGGAGUAAAUUGCCUCACGAAUCGACCGCCGCAGAAAUAUUUAGAAUUCGUCAAGUACGACCGGAGUUACAACGAUUUGUCGCACGCUGUAAUUGCUUUCUCUCUUCUCUCGUCCCGACGAGUGCGCUGGAAGCUAAGCAUGGAGGGAUGGUACGGGGGAAAAAGUUACGUCACGCGCAUGUCGUGACCUUGAGCACUUAUUUUUUCUUUCGAACGCAGAGCUUUCAGUGUGAUCACGAGCGGGCACGUGGCGGUCCCCCGCGGCGGCCACGGUAACUAUGCAGCGCACGAUGCUCAAAUCAGCCAGUGACCGUGAAUUUGUGUAUAUGGCGCGGUCAUUUGGGUAUAUGGCAUCAUUUAUAGAAAGAUGAGUGAACGAUUUCUAGCCGACUUCGAGAAUUAAUUGUAAAAUUCCAGACCGCGUGCGCUGCGCUAUAAUCAUAGACGUGCGCGAUGAACCUUCGCCCCUCGGGAGGGGCGAAGGUUCAUCGCGGCGCCCCCCUCUUUACUAAGCCAAUGUAUGGGGCAGACUCUGCGCCCCUCUCUUCUUAGGUGACUGAGUGGGGGUGGGCUGCACACCCCCCCCCCCCCCCCCCGCCGUGCGCACGCCUAUGGUUAUAAUGUUUGGCUCGCGUGUUCUCAGAAGCCUCGACUACCGAUCGGCGUCAUUUUCUGACCAUGCUGAAAAAGUGUUGCAGGGCCCAUUAACUUCGAGAGGCACUUUUUUUACAGACAUUAAAGAAAAGAAAAUUCAGCGCACACUGACAAGCUAUUUCAACAUAGUUGAAUAGAAGUGCUUCGACUGAAGUUUGUAGAUCGUCAAGUUACGCUUCUCCACGUAAUAAGUUUUGCGGAGCAUUAUCCAUCAAUGCCACAAACAAUUUUGCCAUUUAAUUUAGCCUGUUCUCGUAUUUUCUGAAUGAUACGUUUUAUUUUCUACUUCCCAUGAAGAUUGUGUCAACGAGACUCCACUGUGUACGACAGCUGGCCAUGUCAAGGGUCUCUUGCCAUUAGCAGUACACUGUGCAUAUUGGGCGAACUAAAAGUAUUGUGUUCUCUGAGUUCAUCGAGUGCGGUGGCAUGUGUAAACAUCACGGCCUUGUCAGAACACGCCUGCACGACUUCUUUAACGUAACAUUCACACAAUGGAUUUUGUUGCUUUAGAUGGUGUGUUGAAAUGAAAUACCUUGCUGUUUUUAUCUGCUGUGGUGGUUUUCUCAACGUGAUUGCACAGCCAUAACUGUUCACACUCUGUAUAGAGUAAUUUUGUGCUGAUUUUUCAUGAAAGAAGAGUAAUUUUGUGCUGCUUUGUCAUGAGAGAAAUAAAUUAUCUGAAACUGUAUUUGGACAUAAUAUUCGUCCUAAUAAAAGCUUUUUGAAA